CCCUUCACCGCGCCUCAGAGGUCUCACACUCAGUUCCUCACACGGAUGGCCUGACUGGCUUGGUGCCUGUCAUUUCGCUUCACUAAGUAAAGAGGAAUUCGGCAGAGAAGGAAGAGAGAGGCGUCCAGGGAUUACCGGGUCCCCGUCUGGCUGGGAGACAGUGAGUGGGGGGUGAACGCGGACGCCGGGGCGGAAGCGCCGAGAGCAGCGCGGCGUCCGCACGCGCCAGGCGGCCAAGUUUAAAUCUCCCGCCGCGCACAGCCGGAGCCCGACACCUCGACGCACCGGUGCCGAGGGGCACGAGCUGCGGGAGCGGCCCGGCGUCGUCGCGGGGCUCGCGGGCGGCGGCGGCAGGAACGGGUGCCGGGGAGGACUUACGCGCGGCCGUGAGCGACCGAAGGCGACGGAGGACGCGCGCAUCGCGACCGGCGUCGCGGCCAAGCCCUGUGCUUUGUUGGUGUGCCCAAGUCCAAAGCUUUCCUGGUUAGAUUUCAACUUCCAUUGAGUGACACGGAUUAGGGAGGGGCCUCAGGGUCCAGGAGACUUCAAUGAAUCCUCCUUCCACUUCCAAAUGUCUGUCCUUGUAGUCACUCCAUGGAUUCCUUUGGACAACCCAGACCAGAAGAUAGCCAGUCAGUAGUCAGCAGAAUGCAAAAGAAAUACUGGAAAACUAAACAGGUCUUUAUCAAAGCAACAGGAAAAAAGGAGGAUGAACAUGUGGUGGCAUCUGAUGCUGAACUUGAUGCUAAACUUGAGGUUUUUCACUCCAUUCAAGAGACAUGCUCUGAACUCCUGAAGAUAGUUGAGAAAUAUCAGCUAAGACUCAAUGUUAUAUCAGAGGAAGAAAAUGAACUAGGGCUCUUUUUAAAGUUUCAAGCAGAACGAGAUACAUCGCAAGCUGGCAAAAUGAUGGAUGCCACUGGCAAGGCACUCUGUUCCUCAGCUAAGCAAAGGUUCACAUGGUUUUGCAUCAUCCUUAAAUCUGUAGUCAAUAUGACAGUUUUGAUAUUGGCCCUGUAUACAACCCUGUCUCGUCUUAAGCAAGAAGUAGCAACAUUCAGUCAAAGGGCAGUAUCUGAUACACUGAUGACAAUUAAUCGGAUGGAGCAAGCACGCACAGAAUACAGAGGAGCUCUGCUGUGGAUGAAAGAUGUAUCCCAAGAACUGGACCCAGACACCUUAAAACAGAUGGAAAAGUUCAGAAAAGUACAGAUCCAAGUGAGAAAUAGCAAAGCUUCUUUUGACAAGUUAAAGAUGGAUGUUUGUCAGAAAGUGGAUUUACUUGGAGCUAGUCGCUGCAAUAUGUUAUCUCAUUCACUCACCACCUACCAGAGAACACUACUUGGAUUCUGGGAGAAAACAGCUCGAAUGAUGUCCCAAAUCUGUGGGGCCUGUAUUGGCUUUCAUCCAUAUGAUUUUGUAGCUCCUAAGCAACUACAAGACACUUCAAGCAAGCUUGCUGAAGACCACAAAGAAAAACAAGUAGAAAACAAUUCUCUCACUGAAGACCUCAAUAAGUUAGUUUUGUCAGAUGAGGAAGUGAGCUUGGGAAGUGAAUCAGCAACUGAAUAUCACAAGGAAAAAUAUCUUCAAAUAAGAAAAUGUGGAGUACCUCAGUUUUCUAACUCUGAAAAAAAUGUUACAAAAGAUUUACCUGUAGAUUCACUGGAAGAUGAUUUUGAGAAGGAAUUCUCAUUUCUGAACAACCUCCUAAGUCCUGUUUCUUCAAGUACUAAUGAAUUUACCCAAGAAUGCCAGACUGCCUUUGGGAGCCACAAUGCCAGUCUCAUGUCACAGGAGCCUUCUGCUGUGGGGUCUGAGCCUCUUGCUCAUUCUACACAAUUCCUUCCUUCACAUCUCUUUGACCUUGGCCUUCAUGCUGCUGGAGCUUUUAACAACUGGGCCUCCAAAGGGGGAUUCGAACUUCCCCUUUCACACACUGAUAACCAGCUGCUGCCUUCACAGAGUCCAGAGAAAUUAACAAAGUCUCCCAACAAUAGUAACCAAGACAUGUCAGCCUGGUUCAAUCUAUUUGCAGACUUGGAUCCACUUUCAAACCCAGAUGCUAUUGGACACUCAGAUGAUGAACUUCUUAAUGCUUGACUGAAAUUAUGAAAUAACUUUAGUAGCAUUAAGACAUCAAUUUUGUAACAUAUUGCCUGGUGGAAAGGACUUUAUAUUGUAACCCAUACCCAAAAGCAUCGUGUUUGUGAAUAUAACACUUGUCAGCCAACUUUAAACAGAUAGCAAGAACCACAUCUGAAUAGUCUUUUUAAUAUCUUAGAUUUGCAGCUGUUGAUAAUAUGUGGAAAAUUUUAGAAACUGUUGAGUCUGAAAUAGAUGAAUUUCAAAAUAACAACUAGGAAUGUUCUGUCAAUAAGGAGUUGGGCUUAUUUUUUUGGAAAGCCUUUUAUGUAAGAGUUGCUGGCUGUGAUAAUUUUUUAUGUGGAUAAAGGACAGCAUGUAAAUUGGGUGAUUUGGUGUUCGUUUUUAAAUAAAAUAGUGGCAAGCAGAA